GGAAUCAGCAGCACCAUCUCUAUAAAGAAGAGGCAACAAGAUGUGGUGAGGUUUCUGGAAGCCAAUCGCAUAGAAUUUGAAGAAGUGGAUAUCACAAUGUCAGAAGAGAAAAGACAAUGGAUGUACAAAAAUAUUCCUGAGGAUAGGCAGCCUGCACAAGGCAAUCCACUGCCACCACAGAUAUUCAGUGAUGAUCGGUACUGUGGAGUAAGUAGCUGUUACGAUUGUCAACAGGUGAUGCAUUAG